AAGCUACAUUUAUAUUUCAUUUUAGCAUUUAUUUUGUUAGCUAUUUAAGAAGCGUGUGCGUAGGAAUUUCGUUCACAUUUAAAAGUUGAAAUUGGAAGUUACCUUGAUUGUAGAAGAAUGACAACAAACGCAGUUAAAGACAAAAACUCUGAAACUGAUUACGACCUGGAGGAGGAAAUCGACAACCACUUGAGGCGUAUCUUUUAUAUGAAACCAAAAAAUGACUCCGCAAAGUGCAAUCCCUACGUAGUGGAGUUCUUUGGGGUUCUCAGUUUGAAAGACCUUCGGGCUCCAGAUCGGAAACUGUGGGUAAUUUACAAUUGUAAGCAGCCGGAACUGGACAAAACGGUUGAUGAGAUCCAUCAGAAGUACGGAAAAAAGAAUAUGUUCGAUCUCUACCGCACGCCAGUCUUCAGUGGACCUGCUCUGAGAGCCAAUGUUAAAAAACACUUCUCGGAACUUAAGUGGUUUACAAAAGGCAAUCUUUUGGAAGCCCCUCCCAAGAGUCAUUUCAACGACGAACGAGUGGUCAAAACCAUUACUGACCUGCAUCACCUGGAGCAGCAAAGGCUGUAUAAUUAUGUGAUGGUGAAAAAUAAUUGGUUUAGACAAUAUUACUCGUAGUCCCUUCCCAAUCCUGUGAUCUAGGAUUAACUUCCUUUAAGCAAAAGUGGCCUUAAUUCACAUUUUAAUGCUUUGUUUUUUUUAGGAUAGACUAAAUCCAUAAUAUAAUGAUAGGUAAACCAUUUAAUUUUAUAAUCAAUUAGUUCUUGACUUGUUUUGAAGAAAUCAGAUUUAUUUUUCUGUAUGUUUAUUGAAAUAAAAUAUAGAAACUAA